UUGUCCGCCCGAGUAGUAAUGUGCCGAGCGGCAGUGGCGGCAGCGGUGGUGGCAGCGGUGGCGGUGGCUACAGUGGUGGCGGUGGCGGCGGCAGCGGUCCCUAUAUCGUGCGCCUUCGCUCCGCGCUGCCCCUCGCCGCGUAUCGCGGAGCCGUCGCCAAAUUCCCCGGCGGCUGGGCGGACGACAAUGAUGACGACGAGAAUAACGACAGCAGCGCUGCCCGCCCGGCAGGUCUGAUGGCGACGGCGAAGGCGGUGGCCGCAGCGGUGAAGGUAACGGUCGGCAGAAUUCCGCGGCGCGCGCGACUCUCCUUGAAGAACCCGCAGAUCAAGGCGUAUGCGCGGAUGCUGGAGUCGCAGCAGACGCGGAUCGCGUCGGAAGUGGGCGUGGCUUGGAACAAGGUGGUUCACAGCUACAAGCACACAUCCAACGGCUUCUCAGCCAUGCUCACCCCAGGACAGCUGCGGCGGCUGAAGCGCCACCCCGCCGUGGCGUCCGUCCGGCCGAGCGUGCUCAAGCGCCUCCUCACCACCGACUCGCCCACCUUCCUCGGAAUGAACACCACCGGGUCGCUCUGGCCCGCCAAUGGCGGGCAGGAGAAGGCGGGCGACGGCACGGUGAUUGCGAUCGUCGACACGGGCAUCUGGCCGGAGCACCCGUCGUUCAGCGACAAAGGAUUCUCCUCGUCGCGGCCUGCUGGGUGGUCGGGGAAGUGCGACGCGACGGGGGAGUUCAAGUGCAACAAUAAGGUCAUUGGCGCGCGUGCGUUCUACCAGGGGUAUAGAAGCGCCCGCGGGCUGGAUCUGUCCGCUGAUUGGCUGUCGCCCCGCGACGCCGACGGUCACGGCACGUGGUGUGCGGGAGCGGCAGCGGGCAACAGUGGAGUGGACAUGGCGGGCGGCAAGGCGAGCGGCAUGGCGCCGGCUGCGCGCCUCGUGAUAUACAAGGUUGGCUGGAAUUUACACGCGGAGGAGGCGGACGUCAUCGCAGCCGUCAAUCAGGGCGUGGCGGACGGCGUGGAUGUGAUGUCGCUCUCCCUGGGCAUCGUGAAAUCCACCGACACCUACUUUGACGACAUCGCCUUCCUCAACGCCAACCUGGCGGGAGUAGUUGUGGCCUAUGCUGCGGGUAACGACGGUCCCCCUUCUGCGCAUGACCCUUCCCGCAAGCUCAGCAACUACGCACCAUUCUACCUCACAGUGGGCGCCAGCACCAUCGCCCGGGGCGGCAGGACUCUCGCCAGCUCAGCAGGCGCAUCCGAAUCACCAUCAUCCACCAAUCCGACGUCACCCUCCACUACACCAUCAUCCACCAAUCAGACGUCACCCUCCGCUACACCAUCAUCCACCAAUCAGACGUCACCCUCCGCCACACCCUCCGAGAGAGGCUCUGACACAGACCCUGACACGGACCCUGACACGGACCCUGACACGGACCCUGACACGGACCCUGACACAGACCCUGACACGCCCUCCGACACACCCUCAGCGGACGAUUCCGCCCCAAUCGUCGCAUAUUUCUCCUCCACGGGCCCCCUCGACUUCUCAGACCCUAACGAGCCCGGCAAAGGCCAUGCCACCGACUGCAUCUUAAAGCCCGACAUUCUCGGCCCAGGCGUGGGUCUCUACGCUGCAGCACCAGGCAGCCGCGUGGGCAACAAGGGCGGGUCCAAUAAAUUUUCUGGAACGUCCAUGGCGACUCCUCACCUGGCGGGGAUUGCUGCUCUGGUGAUGCAGAAGUACCCUUCUUGGAGCCCCGCACAGGUCAUGUCUGCAAUCAUGACCACCGCCACCACCACGGACGUCAGUGGUGCUGCUAUCUCUAGUGCCGCCACUAAGAAAGCCGCCACGCCGUGGGAUAUGGGCGCGGGGCAUGUGUUCCCGCCUAAGGUUCUCGACCCCGGGCUGACAUAUGAUGCUCGGAAGAGGGCGUAUCUGAAUUUCCUGGCAGGGCAGGACAUGAAGAGGACCCGGUCAGAGUACCCGAAAGAAAAGCUUACUGCUGUACCGCCUAGAGAUCUCAACCGCCCCACCAUUUCAGUGGCGCCCCUCAAAGGCACGAUCACAGUCACACGCACCGUCACCAGUGUGGCUGACUCUGCCUCCACUUACACUGCCAAGAUUGAGAAGCCUCAAGGGGUGGAGGUGACUGUCAAGCCUAGCAGAUUCACCAUCUCGCCUGGUAAGAAGGUCCGCUUUGUGGUGACGUUCAUGGUUACUAAUGCCUCGAGAGACUUUCAGUAUGGGAGCCUCACUUGGGUGGAUGAGAAGGGUCACUUUGUGCGGUCCGCCAUUGCAGUCAAGCCUGUCAGGAAGUGA